AUAUAUGGAGGCAGAGUAUAAAUUAGUAAUCGCUCGAGUAUUCUUACUCUAGAGGAUGAAGAUGGCAUGUAAAUAUUAUGCACAAUUAAUAAUAGCAAGUAUAGAGCGUGUGGGCUGACAGAUAGAAAGCAUCCUGUUUGAUAGGAAGCAUCGAGGCACAUAGAUAACACAGUUAACAAAAUCCAGUUUCCUUCAGACCAGCGUGCUGUUACUGGUUUCUAAGUAUCGUGCUUCAUUUCAAAAUCAAAAUUCGUAAAGUGAGACAACAUGAUAUUCGUUCUCUUAUUUCUCGUCGUCUUAUCUUUGGAUCAGGGUGUAGGACAAAUUAUCGAUAUCGGUAGUGUGUGGGAGAUAAAAUGCCCGCAAGGAUGUACUUGCGAGAUCCAAAAAUUCUCUGAUCUGCCUCUACAUCAAUGGGCUGAUACUAACAGAGAUAAAGAUCAGAAUGUAUCUUCCGACAAUGUCGAUUUUAAUAUGAAUGAUGAGCAUUCUAUGAUUCAUGAAUUAAUGAAAAUAGCAACGUGCGUAAUUGUUGAAAAUCCUGACGAACUUUUGGCUAAACUUCCUUCAGAUAUACAGAUUCUAACGUUACUUGAAUCGGGCAAUGGAGACACCGACAUUCUUUUGCAAGCUACUACAUUCCAGCGCUUCACCGAAUUGAUAUCAUUAGACGUUCAAGGGAUAGAUUAUAGCGAUCCUUCCAUGAAAGAAGCGAAUAAUUACCGAAAAGAAGGCGGUAUUCGUCUCUCAUCCGAUGCUAUGUAUCCUCUAGGACCUAUCUUAUUGUAUUUAAAUUUGGAACGGGUUAAAUUAUCAAACUUAAAUCUACCAAAUAAGAACAAAGCGAAUUUGGUGAUCAAGCCGAUGAGUUCUCAGGAAUCCGAAGCGAUUGACGACAAUCAAUCAAUCGUAAGCAAUGUCAGUCAGCACAAAGGACACAGACUCAUCUUCCUAAGUCAGCAAAAUAGCGACGACAAAGAAAUAUUGCCAUACGAUCUAUAUAAACAAGAAUUGGAGGGCUAUAGAGAAAAUGUCGAGCUAUUUGCUGCGCUCGGCGCUCUAACGCAUCUAAGGGUGUACGAUUGCGCUCUGAAAGACAUAUCCUGGCACAUGUUUGAUGGCCUUAAUAGCCUUCUUUAUCUUUCAUUGGAGAAAAAUAGUUUAAAAUUCAUACCGGAAUUUUGUUUCUACGGUACACCGAACUUGAGAUCGCUAUCACUGGCCAAUAACGAAUUAUUGACACUGAAGAGCGUAGAUUUGGCAGGGUUGCUUAUGCUGGAACAUCUGGACUUGCGACAAAAUAAUUUGACAUUUCUGUCGGAAUUAUCAUUUCCGCCUUUCCCGACGUUAGAAAGUGCUGAUUUUACAGAGAAUCCUCUGGAUUCUAUUUUUCCAAGUACUUUCGAGAUUAUGAAUACGACAAUAAAAUUAUAUCUCGGAGGUGUGACGUCAAAAUUAAAACUGCAAAAAAAUUCAUUACUCGGUCUACGUAGAGCUGAGAUAUUACAUUUAUACAAUUUGGAAAUACCCAUAUUAGAACGCUUUAUACUACAAGGAUUGCCGGCACUGACGCAUCUCAAAAUGAGAGGAAAUGUGACGAGUAUUGAUUUCGAUGCGUUUGUCGAUCUCACCAAUCUGUUAGAUCUUGAUCUAAGUCAUUGUCAUAUUCAGAGAAUUUCCAUGGAUGCCUUUUAUGGUUUAGAAAAAAUUAGAAGAAUCGAUCUAUCGAAAAAUGAUCUUGAAUCCAUACCGCCUGGUUUAUUCGUCGCCCAACAACAGAAGGAACUAAAAGAAAUUAUACUUACAGGGAACAAAUUAACUUCACUACCUUUGGAUUUUUUUAAAAGUCUUAGGUUGCCGAAUAAACAAAUAAAAAUACAAAAUAUAAGAUUGGAUGAGAAUCCUUGGGAUUGCACAUGUGUCAUGAUCAAUUGGAAUCCUCAUCUAGUAAACAGAAACAAGGAGACAGCUCCGCGAUGUUCGACGCCGAAGCGAUUACAGAAUUGGGGAGUUUUUCAUGCAUUGCGCAAAGGUGGCUUACAAUGCAGAAACCCGAAGAAACGAUACCUUCAAAAGUUUUUAAAGACAAGAAAAGACUUCGAAGAACAUAAUAAUAUCAGUUAGUCAAUUUCCAAUUUUUUGCAAAUUGUGUGUAUAUGUUGAUAAACGCAGAAUUCAAAAAUA